GGAAGGUGACGUCAGCGGGCGGGCCAGGCCGAUGCGCCCAGGCGGCCCGGGUGGAAGGCAACCAGGGGGAAAUACAGUCACUUCCCACUGGGAGCGAGGCGAGAGGAUGAUGCGGGGUGGGCUACCCGCACGUGAGAGCCAGUAGAGCUGAGAGGGCGCAGCAGCGGCGAGGAAGGAGGCGCGCGUGGGAGGGUCGGGCUAACUUCGUCACGGACGCUACCAAAUCGCGUUUGGAGGAGGGGGGACGCGUGUCAUCACUACCUUGCGAGCCGGGGAGAAGCUACCACUCACCUGGAGGGGGCGGUGGAGUGGAGGGCGGGUCCUACCACCCGCGGGAUAAAGGGGAGUGGACGCGCAGAAGCUACUUUACCAAUCCUCCAGCUGGACCUUAGAGGAAAGCCGCGACUGCGCGUCCCGGGAAGGAAGCCAAGUUGAUGGGCUACACUGGGGACAGGGUGAGAGGUCUUGAGGGGCGAAUGGUGGUCUGGAGAGCCCUGGUAUCGCCCUGCUGGGACCCAAAUUCCUCGUGGGAACGAUGCCGCACAAAGUUUCCCCGCAGCCUUCCGGAAGUGAAAUGGCGGGAGCCUCACCCUCACUGUCCACUGCCCCCCCGGAAGCGGAAACAGAAUCUCAGCGUGCCCCUUCCUCACUGCCCUCCAAAUCCAGUUGCAGCCAUUGCCGCAACCACGAUGCCGAAACGAAAGAAGCAGAAUCAUCAGCAGCAGCAGCCACAGCAGCAGCCCCCACUGCCAGAGCGGGAAGAGACUGGAGAUGAGGAGGAUGGGAGUCCCAUCGGACCACCCAGCCUUCUGGGCCCUCCCCCCAUGGCCAAUGGAAAGCCUGGUGACCCCAAGUCAGCUCUUCACAGAGGUCCUCCGGGAUCAAGGGGACCAAUGAUCCCACCACUGCUGAGUCUCCCACCUCCUCCCCGGGGCAGAGGCCCAAUUCGGGGAGGCCUAGGCCCCAGGUCUGGCCCAUAUGGUCGUGGUUGGUGGGGGGUCAAUGCUGAGCCUCCUUUUCCUGGACCAGGCCAUGGGGGUCCCUCCAGGGGAGGCUUUCACAAAGAGCAGAGAAAUCCUCGAAGGCUCAAAAGCUGGUCUCUUAUCAAGAAUACCUGCCCACCCAAGGAUGGACCCCAGGUUAUGGAAGACAAAUCUGACCGCCCCGUCUGCCGACACUUUGCCAAAAAGGGCCACUGUCGAUAUGAGGACCUCUGUGCCUUCUACCACCCUGGCGUAAAUGGACCUCCUCUGUGAGACUGUGCCUUCCCAUCCAGACUGGAAGGAGCCCUCUGACUUGGCGGCCAUAUACUUCCCUGUGGCCCUGUGAUGGCUACCGUGAGGCCGUUCACCUGCCACCCUCAGUCAGUGAUGCCCAGCUCCAUCGCCACCUCCCCAACUCGGGGUCCAGAGCUGUGUUCCGUGACUGGUGCACAGUGUGCACUCUUCCUUCUGAUGCAGCCUCCAGAGACUCGUCUCCGGGACCCCGUCUUUGCUCCAUUCAACUGCCUCCUGGAUCCUCUUCCCCCUUGCCAGCUGACUGCGGAACAGGAAACCUCUUUGGUGCUGUUUCUUGUGCAUCUGUCCACCCAGCCCCUGGUAGCGCCCUGGAUUCCCGAGAGCCCUGGAGCAGUUUCCUACCAUUCCCUUCUCGCUGCUUGUUUUAAGUCCUUUUUAUGUGACACCCUCUUCCCCCAGUGUUGUCAGCUGCUCUGUGACACUCACCAGCUUGUCUGACCUGGGGUCAAGUUGGGAUGACUGGUGCAGAGUCACUCCUGAGAGGCCACGUUCCCUGCUUUUGGAUUUUGUAGUUUCUGCAUCAGUAGCAUGAUCUCCACCACUAUGGUCUGUGAUCACUGUGCUUUGUGAGACUGUGCGUCCCCUCAUAGCCUUUCUCAGUGUCCAUGGCAUUUUUGUGACUUCCCAACGCUAGAGUGAGUUUUUCCUGCCAAAAUGCGUGGGGCCGUUGGUGGCCUCUAGACUUUCCCCACCUCCUGACGUGGGAGAACUGUGAAACUUCCACAAAGCUGCCUGCCUGGUCCUCCCCAUUCUCCCGGUAUUGGUUUCUCUGGGUUUGACACAGGCCCGAGAGAUGUCCUCUACCCUAUCUCCUCUCCAGCCCGUUUUAGUUAGACUAUGUCAUUGUGAGGCCACCAGCCGUUCCGUUUGAAUUCUGUGAAUCUCCACCUGGUCUACCUGUGGGUGGAACUUGGACAGUACUGUCGCCCUCUUCCAACCUUCUUCCCCUGCAUCCCUGGCACUGGUUGUUUUCUGUGAAAACUGCAGUGAACAGGUUCAGUUUUGAACUGGCCCUGGGGAAAUGGGUCAGGAGUUGUGUGGGCAAGAGGGAGGGAUGAGAGCCGUUGGAGAACUGAGAAUGAAUUUUUUUUUCUUUCUAACAUGUUUUUAUAUUAGUAAUAAAUGCAGCGGAAACAAGCACUUUCUUUAAUCCCUGUGUUCCAGUCAUCUCCGGAGGUGCAGGUGAGGCUGUUCUUGGAGUCAGUUUAUUCUUCAUUUAGUCAUACGCAGUGUUGCUAGAAGUUUCUUCCAGUCUGAGGAAACCAGUGGCGUCCCAUUAACCUAUGGGAAUCAACCCGACCAAGUUGCAUUUUGUUCAAGGGUAAAGUUUUGUUGAGAGAAAGGAAAGGCCGGGUAUCCAUGGAGUAAUUUUUAAACAUUUUACCUGCAUUUAUGGUUUGAGGUUUAUGGAGUGGUAAUGACAAAGCAAUCUUUCAACAAAUAUCUCUAGCGUGCGUGUGGGCCAGGCAAUGUACUAGAUGCUAGAGAAAAUGGAGAGCCGAAAUCAAUGAAUUUAAAAUCUACAAGAGGAGACACGUUAGUGAAAAAGUCACCAGUAUGCAUGAAGUACCUGUCAGAAGUGCUAUGAAGAAGCGAGACAGGGACUUCCCUGGUGGCACAGUGGUUAAGAAUCCGCCUUGCCAAUGCAGGGGACAUGGGUUCGAGCUCUGGUCCGUGAAGAUCCCAUAUGCUGCAGAGCAACUAAGCCUGUGCGCCACAAAUACUGAGCCUGCACUCUAGAGCCCGCGAGCCACAACUACUGAGCCUGCGUGCCACAACUAGGGAGCCUGCGCGCCUAGAGCCUGUGCUGUGAAACGAGAAGCCACC